UACAAAAAGUGAAGUGGUCAAGUAAAACAAACAAACAUGAAUAGUAUGGCCAAUAUGCUUGCUCUAUUUGUUUUAAGCUCAUUCAUAUUUGCUUUCACAAAUGGAUCAUAUAUUUCUUCUCGUGGAACCCCUCCCCUGAAUCGGAGUUGUUUUCCUAAUGACUUCGUUUUUGGGGCGGGAUCAUCAUCAUACCAAUUUGAAGGUGCAGCAAAUGAAGGUGGUAAAGGAAAAAGUAUUUGGGAUACUUAUACCCAUAAUCAUUCAGAAAGAAUAAUAGAUGGAAGCAAUGCAGACGUCACAAUUGAUCAAUAUCACCGUUAUAAGGAAGAUGUGCAAAUUAUAAAAGCUAUGAAUAUGGAUUCCUACAGAUUUUCAAUCUCUUGGACAAGAGUACUCCCAAAGGGAAAGUUGGACGGAGGCCGUGGCAUAAAUCCUGAAGGAAUAGAAUAUUACAACAACCUCACCAAUGAACUUAUUGCAAAUGGUAUAAAACCAUUAGUAACUCUUUUUCAUUGGGAUCUUCCUCAAGCCUUGGAAGACGAAUAUGGUGGUUUAUUAAAUUCCAGUAUAAUAGAUGACUUCCGAGAUUAUGCGGAUCUUUGUUUCGCUACAUUUGGAGAUAGAGUGAAGGAUUGGGUUACUUUCAACGAACCAUGGAUGUAUAGCAACGGUGGUUAUGCACUUGGGACAUUAGCACCAGGUCGAUGUUCAGAUCCAACAUGUCUAGGUGGAAAUUCUGGCACAGAACCUUAUACAGUUACACACAACCAAAUUCUUGCUCAUGCACAUGCCGUACGACUGUAUAAGACCAAAUAUCAGCCAAGACAACAGGGCAAGAUAGGCAUAACAUUGGUAAGUAAUUGGUACUUACCACUCGGCGACAAUAGCAUAGAAGAUGACGAGGCUGCAAGAAGAGCACUUGACUUUCAAUUUGGAUGGUAUAUGGAUCCACUAACAAAUGGAAACUAUCCUAUAAACAUGCAAACCAUAGUGCAAACUCGAUUGCCUAAGUUCACUGCAGAGGAAUCACUUCUAGUCAAAGAUUCAUUUGAUUUUAUUGGCAUAAACUAUUACUCUUCUAGCUAUAUUAAUAAUGUUCCUGCAAAUGCCAGUGCGCCACCUAGUUACACAACAGAUCCUAGAACCAAUACUUCAUUUGAAAAAAAUGGGAUACCCCUAGGUCCAAGGGCUGCUUCAUUUUGGAUAUAUGUUUAUCCAAGGGGACUUCGAGAUCUUUUGUUAUAUAUUAAAGAUAGAUACAACAAUCCUGUUGUUUACAUCCAUGAAAAUGGUAUGAAUGAAUUCAACGAUCCAACACUUCCAGUGAAUGAAGCUCUUUUGGAUACUUAUAGAAUUGAUUAUUAUUAUCGUCAUUUCUACUAUAUGCGUUACGCAAUCCAGGCCGGCGCAAACGUUAAGGGAUUUUAUGCUUGGUCACUUUUCGAUGAUUUUGAAUGGUUUAAUGGCUUUACAGUUCGGUUUGGAUUGAACUUUGUAGAUUACAAAGAUGGAUUAAAAAGAUAUCCAAAACUUUCUUCACAAUGGUACAAGAAUUUUCUCAAAAGAUUCUAGUAUUGAUCCUAUUGUUUGAAGCUGGGGCACCUCCAAAUUUAACACUUAAAAAAUGUUAGAUUUUAAUAGCAUUGUAGUUCCAUUAGAGUCAAGUAUUUAGGCUGUUAUUCAUGUUGUAUGCUCAGCUACAAAUAAGUGCCUUUUACCAGCAACUAUGGUUAUAUUGAAUUGAUGCUUCAUGUUUCACUUCGAUUUUGAGACAAAUUUGAAUAAAAUUUGGUUCUGUUUCACUAUAAA